UUUGAAUUUGGAGAAAAGAUGAACCUGCUCUUGGUUUUCAUCUUCUCUCUCAUCAACUCCUUCGGAUUAUCAUAUGGGUAUGAUCCAUUAGAUCCAUAUGCCAACAUAACAGUCAGAUGGGAUUUUCUGCAGCAAAGUGGAAGCUCAUCCGACAUUAAAGUAUCGAUAUACAACUUCCAGCAGUUUCGCCACGUGGACCGGCCCGGUUGGAAGUUGGGUUGGACAUGGAAAGGUGAUGAAGUGAUAUGGGACAUGUGGGGAGCUGAGGCCACUGAGCAAGGAAACUGCUCCAAGUUCAAAGGUUCACCAGACCUUCCUCAUUGCUGUAAAAAGAAGCCGGUGAUUAUCGAUUUGUUGCCCGGAGCCCCUUUCAACAAGCAGUACUUCAAUUGCUGCAAGGGAGGAGAGCUCUCUUCCAUGAUCCAAGACUCUUCCAAGUUCGGAUCUUCUUUUGCGAUGAGCGUCGGAUCCUUUGCCGGGAAAGACAUAGUUAUGCCCACCAAUUUCACCCUUGGACUCCCUGGUUACACCUGCGGCAUGCCAUUCCAAGUCCAACCGACAAAGUUUAGUCAUGAUGGCCGUCGAUGGAAGCAAGUACUCGAGACAUGGAAUGUGACCUGUAUCUACUCCCUGAUCAGAGCAUCACCUUCUCCAAAGUGCUGUGUUUCCUUGUCCGCGUUCUACAGUAGCACCAUUGUUCCGUGCCCCAAGUGCAGCUGUGGAUGCCAAGGACUUCCCGGAGUGAAAUGUGUGAGCAGGCCAGGUGAAGAAUCUCCACCUCUUCUGCAACUUCCGCAUGCGCAUGAGACUGAAGAACCAUCACCUUUGGUGACUUGUUCGCGGCACAUGUGCCCAAUAAGAGUACAUUGGCAUGUCAAGCAGAGUUACGAGGAGUACUGGAGGGUCAAGAUUACAAUCACCAAUUACAAUUUUGUUAAAAACUAUUCUUACUGGACCUUAGUCGUUCAGCACCCGAAUCUGCAAAGCUUGACUCAGCUUUUCAGCUUCAACUACCACCCUCUCAAUCAGUAUGGAACCAUAAAUGAUACAGGAAUGUUUUGGGGAAUCAAAUACUACAACGACCUGUUACUCACUACGGGGAAGAAUGGGGUCGUGCAGACAGAGAUGCUACUGCACAAAGAUGCAGGGACUUUCACUUUUAGAGAGGGAUGGACUUUUCCUAGGAAAAUUUCAUUCAACGGGGAUGAAUGUGUGAUGCCCCCUCCGGACGAGUACCCUAGACUUCCAAAUGCGGCUCCUAGUGCGACAGCAUCAAAGCUUUCCAUUGUAGCUUUCAUCUCGUUAGGGAUCCUUGUAGCUGUGUUCUGACAUAUUGUCUGAAGAGUUAAUGCUGGUGAUCUUAGAUUCAUUACUUGUAGGAAAUUCGUUUUUGGUUUUCUAGCACCGUUGAAAUUCGAAAAACCAUGUCUGCAGUUGUUAAACUUGCGAUUAAUUAAAGUAGUAAUGUUGUAAUAUUCAAUGGUAUAUAUAUUUUACCAGACAAGUUUCACUGUA